UAUUUUAUUUUCCGGAUUGGGGCUCUGGUUGUGUUGGGAGGAGGAGUCACACAAACCUGGCAACAUCCAUUCACCGUCGCUUUUGUUAGCAGUUCAUUGAGCCAAGAUGGCAGAUUUCGAGGAGUUCAGCGAGGAAGACAAGAUCCGCAUCGCUGCUAAUUUUGUGAUGCACGCUCCCCCUGGAGAGUUCAAUGAGGUUUUCAAUGAUGUGCGAAUACUGCUCAACAAUGAUAAUCUUCUCAGAGAGGGGGCGGCUCAUGCCUUCGCCCAGUACAACAUGGAUCAGUUUACCCGUGCUAAGAUCGAUGGAUAUGAAGAUCAGGUCCUGAUAACGGAGCAUGGAGAUCUGGGUAAUGGCCGCUUCUUUGACCCUCACAACAAGAUCUCCUUCAAGUUUGACCACCUGAGGAAAGAGGCCAGUGACCCCCGGCCCCACGAGGGCGAGGCGGCCCUGAAGUCAUGGAGAGAUGCCUGUGAUUCUGCUCUGAGAGCCUACGUCAAGGAGCACUACCCCAGUGGAGUCUGCACGGUUUAUGGGAAGACGAUCGAUGGCCAGCAGACCAUCAUCGCUUGUAUCGAGGGUCAUCAGUUUGAGCCCAAGAACUUCUGGAACGGUCGCUGCCGGUCUGAAUGGAAGUUCAGUGUCUCGCAGUCUACGGCGCAGGUGGUUGGGGUUUUGAAAAUACAGGUACAUUACUACGAGGAUGGAAAUGUGCAGCUGGUCAGCCAUAAAGAAAUCCAGGAGUCACUGACUGUGUCUAACGAGAGCCAGACUGCAAAGGAGUUGGUGAAAAUUAUUGAGGAUGCAGAGAAUGAGUAUCAGGUGGCCAUUUCUGAGAACUAUCAGACCAUGUCAGACACCACAUUCAAAGCCUUACGUAGACAGCUCCCGGUCACCCGCACCAAGAUCGACUGGAACAAGAUCCUGAGCUACAAGAUCGGCAAGGAGAUGCAGAACGCUUAGAGUACGGAGUCUGUCUGGGGUUACGACAAACUGUUUGGGGGAGAAGCUGAUGCUCGUGCAAAGAUGUGUGAAGCAGCAUAACGUACUGUAUGUCCUUCCAGAAAAUUACAGUUUCUGUUGAGCACUAAGAGGGGAUGCCUUUAUUUUAAAAAGACAUCAAGUGGUGUAUCUGUCGCUCAUUUAUAAACAUAUAUUAUUAUUUUUUAUGAAAUAACGCCUUCAGUGACACUGUGAAAGUUGACUCAAAUUGUUACGUACGCAAAUUGUUACAUACACAUCACACACACAGGGUGUCGGAUCCCUCUGUGCUUCAGAUGGACAAACAGUCUCCCAAACCCCCCCCCCUUUCAUUUUCAUGUAGCGACUAAUUUACUCUUUCUAUAUAACAUAACUAAUAUGCUUUGAGUGCUUCCACUAUCUCUUUUUUGGGUGGUGACAGAGGGAAGUACUAUAUGCAAUUCGGUGCGUUUCAUGACUGGAGAGAGCGACAAAUUAUGCUGUUUUCAGUCAAAAUAUCCCAAAUAUAUUUAUGUAUUCCUAUGGUUGCGGAGUUGUUACCAGCAGCCAUGUUAAAGCAUAAAUGUCUUUUCUUUUACCAUCCAUUUUGUCUUCCCUCUUUGAAUUUAUUUCCUUUUUUCCUCUCUGCUGGAGAGAGAAACCUUCACAGAUCAUUUUCCUAUAUCCCUCGGGACUAAUUAAGUAUUGGUGUUCUCUUGCCGGCUGUUUGCCUUGAGCUUGUGCUAUAUUUUUUUAUACAAACUGUAAGUACAUUUAAUAUUCAUGAAAUAAAAAAUAUUGCACCAGA